CGCAGCCGGCGUGCUACGCAGGAGGCGUAACCAGCGGCGACUGCAGCCAGAAAGAGACAGAAACAGUGCGGAAGGUUGCGAGCUCAGUCCUCCUCACAACAGUUAGCUUGCACCUCAAAAACGGAUAUUUUAUCACAACUCGAAACUGAGCCGACCUCUUUUUUUUAGUGAAAACGCCCUGCAGCCCCGUGAUGUUAGACGCGACGCCGCUGACAAAUGAAAUGAGGCAGACAAAUGUCAGUCUUGGCAAACAGCAUCAUUGUGGCGCAGAUGGCUGGAGACUCAAUCACAGAUUGUGAACUUCUGCUGCCCUUUGUAGAAGAUCCUCCUCACUGAACCUGGAUCAACUCACUUCCUCUUUUCUUUCAUCCCAGCAGAAGUCUAGAGGUGAACUGCUUUCUGGAGCAGUCGUGAAUCUAUACGGAAAGAGGGGCACAUCACAUGGGAGUGUGUGACUGCGUGUGUGAGCGUGUGUGUUCAGGCCUCCUGCCGUCGCCCGCUCUUCCCGGACAGGCAUGGCGGGGGGCAGAGAGCACGGCUCCCGGACGCAGAGGCCGUGGUCGGUGUACCGGGCGAACACGUUCGAGCUGUCCAGCGAGAUGAUCGGCUUGGCUCUCGCAGGAAACAGUCAGGACCCAGAUGAACCUGUGCUGGAGUUCAGCGUGGCCUGCACAGACCUGGUGACUCCUGCAAUGGAUCGAAAACCCAACAGCUUUGUAGCAGUGAGCUGCACGACACCGCCUCAGGCCUUCUGGACCAAACACGCCCAGACUGAAGUCAUAGAGGGCACCAGUAACCCCAUCUUCCUCAGCAGCAUCGCCUUCUUCCAGGAGUCCAACAUCAACCAGCAGACGCAGGUUAAACUGGCCGUCUACGACGUCAAGGACCGCUCCCAGGGCACGAUGUAUAUGUUAGGUUCAGCACUUUUUCCUGUAAAGGAGAUGUUGCAGGACAAGAACCACAAAUUACAGCUGGAACUGAGAUCAGCGGAGAACAAGCGGGUGGGGGACAUCACUGUGGCUGCGUGGCAGAUGGAGGAGAGAGCAGAUCAGAGGAUGGCGGUCGGUCGCCUGCCAGACAGCAUCAAUGGCCGGACGGUGCUGCCUGUUGACGAAAGCCUGACAGAGUCGAUGGGAGUGAGAAUCAAGUACGCCUCGUUAUGCAAAGACACACUGCUGCGGUCAGUGUUCGGAGGCACGAUGUCCAGGAUGUACCGCUUCCCUACGACUGAUGGGAACCACCUACGGGUGCUGGAGCAGAUGGCCGAGAGCGUCCUGUCUCUGAACAUUCCCAGACAGUUUGUCAAACUCCUGCUGGAGGAGGACGCAGCCAGGGUGUGUGAACUGGAGGAGCUGGGAGAGUUAUCCCCCUGUUGGGAGAACUUGAGGCGACAGAUCGUCUCUCAGUACCAGACCAUAAUACUCGCGUACCAGGAAACACUGUCUGACCUCAGUGACUACAGAGGUCCAUCAUUCAAAGCCAGUAACCUGAAGGCAGAGAGGAAGCUGGAGUUCAUGCCAACCAACCUACAUGUACAGAGGAUGAGGGUGCAGGAUGAGCUGGGCUUCGAGCACACCUAUGACGUAAUAACAAUCGGAGCUCCAGCUGCUCACUGCCAGGGGUUUAAAAACAGUGGGCUGAGGAAACUCAUCCAGAAGUUUGAGGAGGCAAAGAAACACAUAUAUGAGGAGGGAUGCAGCGCCCUGUCCAGCUCACAGUCCAUCGUCUACAUACCCCAGGACAUUGUCCGAGCCAAAGAGAUCAUCGCCCACAUCAAUACACUGAAGACUCAGGUCAGCUAUUACGCCGAGAGGCUUUCCAGAGCCGCCAAGGACCGGUCCGCCAGCGGACUAGAGAGGACGCUUGCCAUUCUGGCUGAUAAGACUCGUCAACUGGUGACAGUAUGUGACUGUAAGCUGCUGGCCUCAGCCAUUCAGGCCCUGAACGCAGCACGACCUGAGUACAUCGCCUCCAAAGCGUCUCCCUCAGCCGACUCAGAACAAGUAGUCCUCCGUAACGACCAGGACACGCUACUAGCCAAGUGGAGCGGUAGCAACAGCCGAUCCUCGCUGCAUGUAGACUGGCAUGAAGAGGAAUGGGAGAAGGUGUGGGUGAAUGUGGAUAAGUCUCUGGAGUGCAUCAUCCAGCGUGUUGACAAGCUGCUUCAAAAGGAGAGGAGACCCAGUGUCAGCAGUCAGGACAGCACUCAGACUGACCUGCAGGCCAGCGGCAGUAAGAAAGGUGAAGGAAAAAGACGAGCUUUCUGGAUCAACCCAGGAAGUAUAUCACAGGAAUCUGCACCACCACCAUCAUCAUCAUCAUCAUCCUCAUCAUCACCUCCUCUGCCAUCCUCAUCACCACCUCCACCAUCAUCCUCAUCCGCUUUGCCCGCCCUCUCCUCUGCACGUCCUCCCAGCCCUGAACAAGAUGGAAGCCCCGGCGCUGAGGAGGCGUACCCAGGCGAGUGGAGCGAGGCCUUGUACCCUCUCCUCACCACACUCACUGAGUGCGUUGCCAUGAUGAGCGACAAGGCCAAAAAGUCCAUGGUCUUCCUGCUGAUGCAGGACAGCGCCCCAACGAUAGCCAUGGACCUGUCGCUGCAGUACCGCCGCGACGUCGUCUUCUGCCAGACGCUCACUGCUCUCAUCUGCGGCUUCAUUAUCAAACUGAGGAACUGUCUCCGUGACAACGGAUUCCUCCGGCAGCUUUACACCAUCGGCCUGCUGGCUCAGUUUGAGUCCCUGCUCAGCACCUACGGAGAGGAGCUGGCCAUGUUGGAGGACAUGAGUGUCGGCAUCAUGGAUCUACGUAAUGUCACAUUUAAGGUCACCCAGGCCACCGGCAGCUCUGCCCCCGACAUGUUGCCGAUCAUCACAGGGAACCGGGACGGCUUCAACGUCCGCAUCCCCCUGCCGGGAACCAUGUUUGAUGCGUUGCCGCGGGAGAUCCAGAGCGGCAUGCUGCUGAGGGUUCAGCCGGUGCACUUCAACGUCGGCAUCAACGAACAACAAACGCUGGCUGAGAAGUUUGGAGACACAUCCCUCCAGGAGAUCAUUAACUUGGAAAGUCUGGCGAGGCUAAAUUCAUAUUUCGAACAGUUCAAAGAAGUCUUGCCUGAGGACUGCCUCCCGAGGUCUCGUUCUCAGACUUGUCUUCCUGAGCUGCUGAGGUUUCUCGGGCAGAACGUCCACGCCAGGAAAAACAAGAACGUGGACAUCCUCUGGCAGGCUGCCGAGAUCUGUCGCCGGCUGAACGGGGUUCGUUUCACCAGCUGCAAAAGCGCCAAAGACCGCACGGCCAUGUCGGUGACCCUGGAGCAAUGUCUGAUCCUGCAGCACGAACACGGCAUGGCUCCACAGGUCUUCACGCAGGCCCUCGACUGUAUGCGCAGCGAGGGCUGCAGACGAGAAAACACCGUGAAGAACGUCGGAUGCCGAAAGUACGCGUUUAACUCGCUGCAACUCAAGGCCUUCCCCAAACACUACCGGCCGCCCGACGGAACCUUUGGGAAAGUGGAAACCUGAUUGGACCGCAGAGGGCUCUGCGUCGGGGAAAGUUGCGCUUGUUUUUUGGAUAGUUAUGGCUGCGGUGUUUUGGGAAGGCCGAAAUCUGACCAGUUAAAAUCAAGAUACUGUAUUCAGAAACACAAAAAAACUGUUUGGACUGAUUUAACCUCAGUGUCACACGGUUACUGUUUCAGACCUUAUAGAGAUUUUUGGGUGUUAGAAUCAGUGAUUCAGUGUAAUAUUCAGUAGCAACUUCAUGAAAAAAAGCCUUCAGAUUCCCACCAGUUUAGUAUUAUAACUGUUUUCAUGUAGUAUAUUAGUUGCUCAUGUCAUGUUAUGCAUAACACACGCUUGAAACAAGAAUGUUUUCCUGUUAACAGAAGCUAAAGCACUGUUUUGUUUUGUUUUGUUUUUAAUGAUGAAAAUGUACAUGAAUGACACUGCCUCACUCCUGGUCAUGCACUGAUAUUAUCAUCGUCAAUCACACAAGUAGUUAUAUCUAUAUUUUAUAAUUUUACUCCGAGAAACAAAGGAAAUCAAGGAGAAAUCAUCAAAACCACAUGUUUAAAAUCCAUUAAACAUACAACAGAAAUAAAAUAAAGGGAAAAGCAGAAAGCCUCACGUGAAAUAUUUAGGCUACGGUGUUCAUGUUGUGGGUAAAAAAUAGAAAAAAUAAUCUUUCACGUCUUUUCACAUUUCCAUGAUUAACAAAUAGAGAAUAAUAAGUAAUCUGCUCUUCAAUCAUCCUCACAUAUUUCUUCAUAGCUUGAAAAUAGUGAAACAAAAUCACAGAAAUACUGCCAGUCCCUCCAUAAGCUUUAGAGUCGCUUUGACCCUUGACCUCCCUGUAGUUGGAGAGGAAAGAGAAAUCAAUGUUGGUCAAUAAAACAUUGCAGCUUGUUUGAGGACAAGGGGGUUGGGUUGGAGGAACUGUAAACUCCCAUAAGACAAGUUAAAGUACUUUGAGUACUGCUCUUUUGACUUUUUUUUUUUAUCGUUUUAAUAUCAGGGAGUGCCACCAUCAUUUCAUUGUGUUGCUGUCUUGCACAGCAGUACAAUGCCAAUAUUUCUUAUAUUUAAAGUUAAAAAAAUUGAAAAGAAAUUCAAAAAUAUUCUUCAAAAGCAGGAAAGAGGAUAAAAGAAAAGCCUUACAAUACAAUAAAAUAUACUUGAAUGAUUGCAAAUGUGGAAAUUAGAUCAUUUUAGCUGCAUAAUUAAAAUUGGGGAAAAAAUGUAGAAUUCAAUCAGGAGCAAUUAUUCUAUUUGAUGUUAAUUAACAUUCUUGUAAUUCUAUGCAAUUUGUUUUCCCUGCUCAUGAUUUAGACCUCAGAUGGCAAAUAUUAACUAAUAUUACACAGAAAAUAAGAUUGAUAUUAGAGGUGAUAUCAAAUCUGAAGCAGCUAAAGUGAAUUUAGGAACACCUAUUUCACAUUAAGACAAUAGUUGUGGACAUUUACUUCACUCAUUGCAUUUGUAGUUUUUUUUUUUUUUCUCUCCUUUGUCUUUAAUAUAAAACUGCCGGCAUGUACAUUUAUCUGCAGUGAUGUAGCUUUACCACAUGGGGGCGAUCCGGUUCUUCACUUCUGACUGUAAAACCACAACACCAAACUCUCCAGUGUUCUGCGUUUGUAUAUUUCAACAGAUCACAUGUGACGUAUCUCAAAGUGAAACGCAACUUACUGUGACAUGAACCGCACGGUCAGACUCACUGCUGAUGGCAAUCCUACUGCUCAUACAUUAAUUCCUGUAUUUUUUUUUUAUUAUUUAGCAUUGAAUAUGUACUUUUUAUUGAUCUGUCGACAUACAGUACAAUUGGCAUUUUAAUUGAAGUUGCAAUACUUUUUAUCAACAAGUUCUCAGACACGUGAGAAGGGAACAUCUGUGAAGGUUUUAAUGUUGAUAUAUAUUAUAACUUGUCAAUAUCUGAUGCUGAAAUAAAUAUAAAAGUUAGUUCA